CGGCUAUUAUAAAUACCUGCAUAUCCUCUCCUUCUUCCUCAAGCUCUUUUCAAGUUACUUGUUCAGUUAAUAGCACAACUCUAUCGCUACUAACUUCAUAAUGGACUCCUCAGAGGCAUCACGGAAUAAGUGUGCUGCAUGCUAUAGACAGUUCAACAAAAUGGAGCACUUGGUGGAACACAUGAGAACAUCAUACCACUCCGUUCAUGAACCCAUGUGCGGAGUUUGCAGGAAACACUGCCGAUCAUUCGAAUCACUAAGGGAACAUCUAACUGGGCCCUUGCCAAAGGCAGAAUGUGAAAGGGUUUACAAGGAGAGGGGAUGUGAUAUUUGCUUAACUAUCCUUAGCAGCCGCAGUGCUCUAAGGGUACAUCGAGAGGCUUGCCAACAGUCACGCAUGAAUGGACUGAUUUAUCGCAUGGCUAACAUGGGCAUUUGUGAUGAAAUGAAGAAAGACAACGGAAGAGCUAAGGUUGUCACAAUGGGUUGCAAGAUGGUUGGAGGAGGAAGUGAUGGUUCUCUGGACCUCUGUGCUAGGGUUUGCCUUAUUGAUGAAUAUGAGAAUGUCAUAUUUCACUCAUAUGUCAAACCUCAUCUUCCAAUCACCAACUAUAGGUUUGAAACAACAGGGAUACGACCAGAAUUUAUAAGAGAUGCAAUGCCAUUAAGGCAGGUGUCAAGGAAGAUUCAAGAUUUUCUGUGCAAUGGAGAACCCACCUGGAAAAUUCGUCCUAGAUCAGGAAGAGCUAGGAUCCUUGUUGGUCAUGGUCUAGAUCAUGAUCUAAAAUGUCUAGAAGUCGAUUAUCCAGCUAUAAUGAUCAGGGAUACUGCAAAAUAUCCUCCACUCAUGAAGACAAGCAAGCUUAGCAAUUCGCUCAAGUACCUAACAAAAGCAUACCUCGGAUAUGAUAUUCAAACUGGCGUUCAAGAUCCAUACGAGGACUGUGUUGCAACAAUUAGGCUUUACAUGAGAAUGAAAUCCCAGUUUCAUAGGGCAGAAAACUAUCCUCUAGCAACAGACCCACAAAACAGAAAUACUUUUGCACAAUGGAGGCAAUCUGAGCUCGAGAGGAUGUCCCCUGAGGAUAUGCUGGAAGUUUCAAGGUCUGAUUACUAUUGCUGGUGUUUGGACUCAAAAGAUUACUGAUGAACGCCAAUUCAUUCAAAUGGACAAUGGCGAAGACAAGUGAUGAUAUAGUUAAUUGUCGAGUUAUCACCUAAAAUAAUUAUUUCGUGUAUUCCGUGAAUCGAAUAAUAAAUCAUGUACCUCACCCUCGUUACGAGAGUUGGAAUAUGUACAUGAAUGCUAAUAAUCCUAGUGAAAGCCAAUCAGUCAUGUAAUCAAAGUUAAUAAAGAUUUGAAUCUCAAACUUCUAAUUG